AUGACUACCAUUAGAUCACUCAUAGAUGUUGUUGUUAAGAAGGGUUGGGACAUGUUUCAGUUAGAUGUAAAUAAUGCUUUAUUGUGUGGGGACUUAUAUGAAGAGUUAUACAUGAGAAUUCCUCAAGGUUUGGUGGUUUCUGGGGAUAAUAUGGUAUGCAAAUUAAAGAAGUCUUUGUAUGGUUUGAAACAAGCCUCCAGGCAAUGGUAUUCCAAGUUAAGUGAUUUUCUUAUGUCCAUGGGCUAUUCGGUUUCUAAAAAUGAUUAUUCACUUUUCAUUAAGUCUGUUAAUGGCCUUAUUACCAUUAUAGUUGUUUACAUUGAUGACAUUCUGUUGAGUGGCAAUGAUGCACAGGAAAUGUUUUCUCUUAAACUCCUUCUGGACAAACAGUUCAAAAUUAAAGAUUUGGGCCAUCUUCAUUAUUUUCUUGGUUUGGAGGAGUUGUCUGAACCUGGAGGAGUCAUUGUUUAUCAAAGGAAAUUUGCUCUUGACCUUUUAUCUUAUUUUAACUGCCUGGACUGUCCUCCAGUAGCUAGUCCAAUGGAUGUUACUGUAAAGUUCAAAGACAAUCCUAGCGAGCCCUUAUCUGAUCCUACACUUUACAGAAAAUUAGUUGACAAAUUGAAUUUUCUCACUAAUACUAGACUUGAUCUUGCUUUCUCUGUUCAGUUUCUCAGCCAAUUCAUACACGCUCCUUCUACUGUUCAUCUUAAUGUUGUUUAUCAUGUGCUUCGAUAUGUCAAAGGGACUUUGGGUCAAGGAUUACUUAUGUUUAAUGAUCCUGAUUUUUCCCUUCAAGCUUAUUGUGAUUUAGAUUGGGCCACAUGUCCCUUUUCCCAGCGGUCCGUUAGUGGUUUUUUAGUCUUACUUGGGGGUUUCCUUCUGUAA